CAACUUCCGGUGUGAGUGUUGACGGCUUCCGUCCUUGCCCACGUUUUGCACGCUUCUCACAAGGGAUCCAACUAUUCGCUGGUUAAAGCUGCUUUUACAUUUUCAAAAUGAGGCCACUAACCGACGAAGAGACGAAGACGAUGUUCGAGAAGCUUUCGAAAUACAUCGGGGAAAACAUCAAACUACUUGUGGACCGACCUGAUGGUUCCUACUGUUUCAGACUGCACAAUGACCGCGUGUACUACAUGAGUGAGAAAAUCCUGAAGUUGGCCACACACAUUGCAAGGGAAAAGCUCGUGUCAGUGGGAACGUGUUUUGGGAAGUUCACGAAGACCCUCAAAUUCCGCCUGCACAUCACGGCUCUGGAUUUCCUGGCGCCGUAUGCUAAGUUCAAGGUGUGGGUGAAACCCGGAGCAGAGCAGUCCUUCCUCUACGGGAACCAUGUGAUGAAAUCUGGGCUCGGGAGAAUCACAGAGAACACAAUGCAGUACCAAGGAGUUGUGGUCUACUCCAUGACGGACGUGCCAUUGGGUUUUGGAGUUGCAGCCAAGUGUACCGCGGAGUGUCGGCAAGUGGACCCAAUGUCCAUCGUAGUGUUCCACCAGGCCGACGUAGGAGAGUUCAUUAGGAAUGAAGACACGUUAACAUAAAGAUGCAUCGAUAGCUGG